AUGCCUGUUGUGACUUGGUUAUCGAAAGUAUCGAAAGAUGUAACAGAAAAAAAUUUCAUUAAUUGGGAUCACUCGAAAACAAAACUAAAUAUUCAAUAUCAACAAAAUCUCAUUCAAAAUGAAUUACAACGGAUAGAAAUUAAUUUAUACAAUUAUUUACAACGAUAUUCAUCAAGCUUAAAAAUGAACGAUGAUAAAAUGUCUUUUGAACAAUGGAUAAAUAUCAUAUGCGAUGCUCUUGUUGUUCUCAUGCAAAAUGAUUUGCAUCAUUUCAAUACAAAUUUUGAACAGAAGAAAAUCUUAUUUACCUAUGAUAUCAAUGAUGCACAUCUCGUCAAAUCAUUCUAUGAUUUGAAUCCAAUAGAAGCACAGGUUUAUUCUACUCAACAAAUUUGGCGAUCAAAAUUAAGAGCAUGUGAGAAGGUCAUUAGUCAACAAACGAAACGUUGGUCAAUGAGUGAUCAAGUUCUUGUUAAAGGAAUAAUUCCAGGUAAUCGUUCAAUAACAAAUAUGAAACAAAAUGAAUUCGACAUUGAUGGUAAUAAUCAAAAGAAUCAAUUAUUAUCUAUGGAAUGCUUUCCUCCUUCAAUGCGUGCUAUUAUCCAAGCUCGUCUCGAUAAUAUUGAACAACGUGCUCAACAAAUUAUAAAAUUUAUUCAUGCUUCAUCUCAAGAAUAA